AUGGAUGUAAAGAAUUUAGAGCCGUACGCAAUUAUAGGAUUUGAUGGUUCUGCUAUUCGCGGACUUAAUGUUCAUCCUGAUGGGGAACAUAUUGUGUACCCUAUGGGCAACAAAGUUUGCAUACAAGAGUGGAAGACAAAGAAAAUGUGCUUUCUUAGUGGGCAUACGAAUAGUGUAUCGACUGUGGCUGUGUCACCUAAGGGCACUUUUAUAGGCUCAGGACAAAUAAAUCACAUUGGUUUUAAAGCAUCUGCUAAGUUAUGGAAUUUUAAGAAAAAAAAUAUGAUUGGUAGCCAUGAGUUGCAUAAGGUACGAGUAGAAGCUUUAGCUUUUUCUUCAGACGAGCGGUAUAUGAUAUCUCUCGGGGGACGUGACGAUGGGUCGGUGGUGUUAUGGGACUGUGUGGCCGGCUCGGCCACGGGUACUGCGGCAGCGGCCAGGCUGACCACAGGGGACGCCAUGACCCUGACUGCGUUGUGUUUAAGGGUUAACUCCUUCGUUACUGGAGGAGAUUCAAAUCUUCGCGUGUGGAACAUUCGGGCGGAUAGUAAGAACCUUGAUGUAGUGGACGUGUCGUUGGGGAAGCUGCGUCGAUGUGUUCGGUGUAUUGCCGUCAGCCAGGACGACGCGUAUGGUAUUGCGGGGACUACAUCUGGUGAUAUGAUAAAGUUUUCCAUCAACUACCCUUCAGAUCCCAUGGCUUCAAUAGCGCAUUGUAAACCCUCGCUUAUAGGGUGUUUAGCCAAAUGCGGGCCCUGGAGGAAAGGCAAGAGGCCAGAGUCGUUGUGUUAUAGCCAAGGUAUAGAAUCGAUACUGAUAAUGACUGAUGGCUGUUUGAUCGUCGGCGCUGGCGACGGCACGAUCGACAUCUUGGACGAGAUUAACUGGAAGGGGCAAUUCCCUAAAGGCAAAGUGUUGGACCCAAACAAACCUCAUUUCAGAGCGCUCAAAAGCACAAAAGUCAUGGGAAGCAUAACAUCCCUAGAACUGAUGGAAGCACCAUCAUUGAAAGGGGAUAAACGUCUGCUCCUGGCGGGGACCAGGACGAGUGAGAUAUACGCCAUCAACGUGGCCACCUUCGACCCCAUGCUGGUGGUCACUUGUCAUAGAUGCGCAGUUAAUGAUAUUGCUUUUCCAAGGGGUAUGUCGGGCGUUUUCGCGAGCGCGGGCGCGGGUGACGUUCGCGUGUGGUGUGCGGCGACCGCGCGCGAGCUGCUGCGCAUCGUCGUGCCCAACUUCACCUGCUCCUCCCUUCUGUUCUCUGCCGACGGCAAGUCUAUUGUUACUGCAUGGAACGACGGCAACAUCCGCGCCUUCACGCCGCUCACCGGCCGCCUCAUCUACUGCAUAUACAACACCCACAACAAGGGCACCUCCGCCCUCGACAUGACCCGCGACGGACGCACUCUCAUAUCUGGUGGCUGUGAGGGACAGGUACGUGUAUGGGAUAUAAGGCCGGAAUGUCAAAGUUUGAAGAAAGUUUUAAAAGAACACAAAAGCCCGGUGUCCGCCAUACAAGUAUCCCCCAACGACACGGAGGCUGUGAGCGCGGGCACCGACGGCUCUUGUAUUAUAUGGGAUUUGAUCUCCACCCUCGUGUAUCUAGUACUUUUUUUACUGAAAGUAGUGAAUAUGCAAAAAAACACGUUUGACGUAUUAUCGUUGAUGACCACCCCCAGCUCGCUGUCGCGGCGGCAGGUGCUGUACGCCAACACGCUGUUCACGUGCGCGUGCUUCGCGCCGCGCGGCGCGCAGCUGCUCACGGCCGGCUCCGACCGCCGCGUGGCCUACUGGGAGGCCGGCAGCGGGAGUCUGGCCAGGGAGUUAGAAGCCAGCAAAACGGGAGCUAUCAACGGUCUGCAUAUAACGCAAAAUGGAGAGCUUUUCGUUACCGGCGGCAAUGAUCAGAUGGUGAAGCUAUGGAAGUACCAAGAGGGUAUCUACACGCACGCGGGGCUCGGGCACGCGGGCGCCGUCACCUGCUGCCGGUUCAGCCCCGACGCGCGCUUCAUAGUGAGCGCGUGCGCCGCCGGCACCAUCAUCGUGUGGAAGGUGCCUGAGAUGUACUUGCAAAGUGAAAAACCGUCUUCACAAAAUGGUAAACUCAAAACGGAUUCCCCUAAAACCCUAGAAGAUGAACUAAAGUUACAGCUAGACGAUAAACCCACGCAAAAAGCGGCCGGCGAUCGUCCCAACAAAAUACCGUCUGCGCCAUCAAAGAUAGAAAAAAUAGAAGCAAUGGACACGUCACGUGGUAGCGUGCACUCCUGCUGUCCGUGCGACACGGACAGAACGAAAACAUCCGAUAAGUCUAAGAAGAGUUCCCCGAACCUUGCCAGCAGUACUGCUGGGAAUAAAUGCUGUAGACCUCCAGACAAUCUCCCAACAAGGACCACAAGUAAGGACUUUGUCAACAGCAGCGGUGAUAAGAAACGGACU